UGUUGGCGUGCCGUGAGGGAGACUGUCUAACGUUCUGGAAUGAACGCUCGGCUUGGGUGUGUUGGAAUUCCACAGCUAGCCUAGCUAGUAGCCUCACGUUUCCCUGUGUCUUCGCCGGCUGUCAGAGGAUGCCACAGCAGCACUACUAUGGCUCAGAACCAGGAAGCUCUUGAGGACUCGGAAGGACUGCAGAACACAGAGGGGGAUUUGGGACCCGGCGACCCCCAAGACUGGAGCCAGGACAAGUUGAGGAAGUGGAGCGGUGGUGGGAGUGACAGCACCUCGUCGGAGGAGUACUUUGACUCGUGUUCAUGGAACAGUGACACGCUGUGUGGCACGCUGUGGGACCUGAGCGAGGACAGCAGCGAGGACUCUCUGUCUGCCGUACUGGGGAUGGAGGACGUACACACGAGAUGGAAGAACAGCAGAUACCACACCGCUGGGCACUGUAGAGCCAGACACACGGCACAGAGGAGCCAGCACAACCACAGCACAGAGAACACAGAGACUCACGUAUGCAGACCCAGCACAGAGAAACAGCCCAGCACAGAUACAGCACAGAGUCAGCCUUGCAACACAGAGAUAACAAACACAUACAUAAACACAGAGAGAUGCAGCAUAGAGAUUCAUAACCAACAACCCAGCACAGAGAAACAGCCCAGCACAGAUACAGCACAGAGUCAGCCUUGCAACACAGAGAUUCAUAACCAACAACCCAGCACAGAGAAGAAGCGACACAAGCACAGCACAGAGACAGAAACCCAGCAUAGCACAGAGACAGAAACCCAGCAUAGCACAGAGACAGAAACCCAGCAUAGCACAGAGAAACACAGCACAGAGACAGAAACCCAGCAUAGCACAGAGAAACACAGCACCGAGACAGAAACCCAGCAUAGCACAGAGAAACACAGCACAGAGACAGAAACCCAGCAUAGCACAGAGAAACACAGCACAGAGACAGAAACCCAGCAUAACACAGAGAAACACAGCACAGAGACAGAAACCCAGCAUAGCACAGAGAAACACAGCACAGAGACAGAAACCCAGCAUAGCACAGAGAAACACAGCACAGAGACAGAAACCCAGCAUAGCACAGAGAAAGUCAGUACAGUGGUUCAUCUCACUCAAAUCACAGGUAAUCAGAAAACACUAAUAGACCAGACAGAGUCCCACAGACUGAAUUUCCCAGCCGGACACCAGCUCGACAUCUCACAGAGCACGGAAACCUUUACACAGAGAAACGGCACAGAGACACAAAUGCAGAGCAGCACAGAGAAAUGGUGCACAUGGUUAGCCAACACAGGGAAAGAGAGCACAGGGUUAGCCAACACAGGUAGAACAGGGAAAGAGAGCACAGGGUUAGCCAACACAGGUAGGACAGGGAAAGAGAGCACGGGGUUAGCCAACACAGGUAGGACAGGGAAAGAGAGCACAGGGUUAGCCAACACAGGUAGGACAGGGAAAGAGAGCACAGGGUUAGCCAACACAGGUAGGACAGGGAAAGAGAGCACAGGGUUAGCCAACACAAGGAAAGAGAGCACAGGGUUAGCCAGCACAGGUAGGACAGGGAAAGAGAGCACAGGGUUAGCCAACACAGGUAGAACAGGGAAAGAGAGCACAGGGUUAGCCAACACAGGUAGAACAGGGAAAGAGAGCACGGGGUUAGCCAACACAGGUAGAACAGGGAAAGAGAGCACCGGGUUAGCCAACACAGGUAGAACAGGGAAAGAGAGCACAGGGUUAGCCAACACAGGUAGGACAGGGAAAGAGAGCACAGGGUUAGCCAACACAGGUAGAACAGGGAAAGAGAGCACAGGGUUAGCCAACACAGGUAGGACAGGGAAAGAGAGCACCGGGUUAGCCAACACAGGUAGGACAGGGAAAGAGAGCACUGGGUUAGCAAACACAGGGAAAGAGAGCACCGGGUUAGCCAACACGGGUAGAACAGGGAAAGAGAGCACAGGGUUAGCCAACACAGGUAGGACAGGGAAAGAGAGCACAGGGUUAGCCAACACAGGGAAAGAGAGCACAGGGUUAGCAAACACAGGUAGGACAGGGAAAGAGAGCACAGGGUUAGCCAACACAGGGAAAGAGAGCACAGGGUUAGCCAACACAGGGAAAGAGAGCACAGGGUUAGCCAACACAGGUAGAACAGGGAAAGAGAGCACAGGGUUAGCCAACACAGGUAGAACAGGGAAAGAGAGCACAGGGUUAGCCAACACAGGUAGAACAGGGAAAGAGAGCACAGGGUUAGCCAACACAGGUAGGACAGGGAAAGAGAGCACAGGGUUAGCCAACACAGGUAGAACAGGGAAAGAGAGCACAGGGUUAGCCAACACAGGUAGGACAGGGAAAGAGAGCACAGGGUUAGCCAACACAGGGAAAGAGAGCACAGGGUUAGCCAACACAGGGAAAGAGAGCACAGGGUUAGCCAACACAGGGAAAGAGAGCACAGGGUUAGCCAACACAGGGAAAGAGAGCACAGGGUUAGCCAACACAGGGAUAUGUAAUCAACAUAGCAUGGAUAUACAACAUAUAGAUCUGCUGUCCACUCUGCACAGUGUAGAGAAACAUAAUUCACAAAUACACAGCGGUCACCUGGAGGAGGUAAGCCUUGCCAGCCAGACUACAUCUAGUACCGACAGACAGGUGACACACAACCAGCACAUUGCAGAGACACACUGCAUAGACACGCACAACACAACAGAGACACACUGCAUAGACACACACAACACACCAGAGACACACUGCAUAGACACACACAACACAACAGAGACACACUGCAGACUCACACACACAGCCAAACCAGACACAUACUGUGAACUUAUUGCAGAGCCCAGUACUGACACACAGUGUAUAGAAACACACACCACAGACACAAUCUGUAUGGACACACAACGCACAGAGAGGAGUAGUCCAGCCACCACAGAGAGGAGUAGUCCACCCACCACAGAGAGGAGUAGUCCACCCCCCACAGAGAGGAGUAGUCCCCCCACCUCAGAGAGGAGUAGUCCACCCCCCACAGAGAGGAGUAGUCCACCCACCUCAGUGAAAUACAACCCAGCACCACCCAGUUUAGAAACCACAGGGAUGGUCCAUUCAGCCAGUCCAUGUGUGGGUAUCUCCAACGGACCUGUCACAAAGACCCAGCCUCAGGCCUUCCUCAGUGCUACAAAGACUCACGGUGAGGCAUGCGGAUCACGUGCCCACUGCCGGGAAGAGCGCACGGUCUGUGUCACAACCAGGAACUCAGCAGAGCCACCUGAACCGUCGGGGACAGAGGAGACGGUGAAGGUGAUCUGUUCAAUAAUGUCGUCCGUGGAGGCUGGACAUCCUGUAGAGGUGGGACUUCCUGUAGAGGUGGGACUUCCUCCCUUGCUAGACACCCGUGGGCCCAUACCUCUUUCCAACAUCCUGUCACAUGAUCUGUCUCUCUCACCAUCGCAAAACAGGAAGGGGAUCAACCAAUUGGAAUCCCAGUUAGCCUCACCUGUCCCAGCUCCUGGGCAAGGCGGUGAAGGAAUUACCGAGAUACGAACACAGAGCGUUAGUUCACCACCCCUGAAGAAGAAUGACGUUCAAACCGAGGGCCUAAUCCCUGAGCUCCAGGACCAGGGGGGCUCCGGCACAGAGACACCCAGGGACAGUGAGCCCUCGCCUGGGGAGAGUACGAGGGAUGAGGGCUGGCUGGGAGAAGGUUACACCUCCGUAGAGCUCCAGCCUGCUUCUGCUCAUCCCCAGUCUGACGCUGUGGGGUGGGGUGAGGAAUGCCUGCCCCCCCACCCACACUCCCUUCCCAACAUAGACUGUCCGCCUCCCUCUGACAGGGCAGGAUCAGAACACUCACAGCUGUUAUCAAAGACCUCGACUAGAGAGGACAGGACAGGACCAACCCAUUCCCUGUCCGGGGUGAGAGAGGAGGAGGAGGAGGAGGAAGAUUGUAAUGUUUACAGUCAACAGGAGCAGGCAGUAGAAAGCACAUCCUGCCCUGAAUCAGCACAGACAAACACUGUUCUAACAGCAGAGUUCUCUGACUCUGACCAUACAGACACCGACUCUGACCAUACAGACACCGACUCUGACCAUACAGACACUGACUCUGACCAUACAGACACCGACUCUGACCAUACAGACACCGACUCUGACCAUGUUGGGCUGUCAAGCACAGAGGAGACGGAGGACGCUAUAUUCCCCUACAGUCCUACAGGAGUCUUCCUAGAGAUCACCAGUGAUCUGUAUGUUGACAUCUGCACACAGGGUGUUUCUAGUGACAUAGGCCGAGGGUCAACCCAACCUACAGAGACUGAGCCUCUUCAGGGAGACAGCACAGAACCCCCUGCCUUAGAUCAGGAGGCUGUACCACUGAAGAGGAUAGAGAUAACUGUGGGAGCAGACUUUCCUGUUACCAUAGGAACAGACUCUCCUGUUAUCGUGGGAACAGACUCUCCUGUUAUAGUGGGAACAGACUCUCCUGUUACCGUGGGAACAGACUCUCCUGUUAUCCUGGGAACAGACUCUCCUGUUAUCGUGGGAACAGACUCUCCUGUUAUUGUGGGAACAGACUCUCCUGUUACCGUGGGAACAGACUCUCCUGUUACCGUGGGAACAGACUCUCCUGUUACCGUGGGAACAGACUCUCCUGUUAUCGUGGGAACAGACUCUCCUGUUACCAUAGGAACAGACUCUCCUGUUAUCGUGGGAACAGACUCUCCUGUUAUAGUGGGAACAGACUCUCCUGUUAUCCUGGGAACAGACUCUCCUGUUACCGUGGGAACAGACUCUCCUGUUACCGUGGGAACAGACUCUCCUGUUAUCGUGGGAACAGACUCUCCUGUUACCAUAGGAACAGACUCUCCUGUUAUCGUGGGAACAGACUCUCCUGUUAUAGUGGGAACAGACUCUCCUGUUAUCGUGAGAACAGACUCCCCUGUGUGUAAAGAACAAGUCGAUAGCCGCCGGGAUCACCUAGAGAUCCACCACAGGAUCACUGAGCCUCCCUCUCCUUGCCCUGUGCCACCCUCAAUCCUUUCUCUGUCCUCCAUCUCUGACUCCAACAAGCACACCAAGGCCAGUGAAAGGUUGUGGUCAGGGUCUCUCUGUACGAGGGGCCAGGUGCCAGAGCAGUGGUCCUCUGAGGUAGAGGUAGCCCACCAGAGCAGGUCAAAGGAGUGUGGGGAUAAAACUGAGUCUCCUUCCCUGACCGAGCCCGCAACGUUAACCUCGAACCUCCUGGGGGAGACCAAUGAGACACUGGAAGGCCCUGAGGACUCUGAGAAGUUCCUGUCCCUCGUGGACUACCACCCUUACUUGUGCAGUGACAACUCAGCCGUGUCCUGGCUGGAGGAUGAGUAUCACUUCAGCCUGGCUGAGGUGGAAGAGCUGGAGAGGCUUCAGAAAGAGGGUUACGGAGACGCCCCUAAUCAGAACCAUACAGACUGUAGGGGAGCCAUCUCUAACCAUACAGACACUAUAGACUGUAGGGGGGACAUCUCUAACCAUACAGACACUACAGACUGUAGGGGAGCCAUCUCUAACCAUACAGACACUACAGACUGUAGGGGAGACAUCUCUGACCAUACAGACUGUAGAGGAGACAUCUCUAACCAUACAGACACUAUAGACUGGAGGGGAGACAUCUCUAACCAUACAGACACUAUAGACUGUAGGGGGGACAUCUCUAACCAUACAGACACUACAGACUGUAGGGGAGCCAUCUCUAACCAUACAGACACUAUAGACUGUAGGGGAGACAUCUCUAACCAUACAGACACUAUAGACUGGAGGGGAGACAUCUCUAACCAUACAGACACUAUAGACUGUAGGGGGGACAUCUCUAACCAUACAGACACUACAGACUGUAGGGGAGACAUCUCUAACCAUACAGACACUAUAGACUGUAGGGGAGACAUCUCUAACCAUACAGACACUAUAGACUGGAGGGGAGACAUCUCUAACCAUACAGACACUAUAGACUGGAGGGGAGACAUCUCUAACCAUACAGACACUAUAGACUGUAGGGGAGACAUCUCUAACCAUACAGACACUAUAGACUGUAGGGGAGCCAUCUCUAACCAUACAGACACUAUAGACUGGAGGGGAGACAUCUCUAACCAUACAGACUGGAGGGGAGACAUCUCUAACCAUACAGACACUACAGACUGUAGGGGAGACAUCUCUAACCAUACAGACUGUAGAGGAGACAUCUCUAACCAUACAGACACUAUAGACUGGAGGGGAGACAUCUCUAACCAUACAGACUGGAGGGGAGACAUCUCUAACCAUACAGACACUACAGACUGUAGGGGAGCCAUCUCUAACCAUACAGACACUACAGACUGUAGGGGAGACAUCUCUAACCAUACAGACACUAUAGACUGUAGGGGAGACAUCUCUAACCAUACAGACACUACAGACUGGAGGGGAGACAUCUCUAACCAUACAGACUGUAGGGGAGACAUCUCUAACCAUACAGACACUACAGACUGUAGGGGAGACAUCUCUAACCAUACAGACACUACAGACUGUAGGGGAGCCAUCUCUAACCAUACAGACACUACAGACUGUAGGGGAGACAUCUCUAACCAUACAGACACUACAGACUGUAGGGGAGACAUCUCUAACCAUACAGACUGUAGGGGAGCCAUCUCUAACCAUACAGACACUACAGACUGUAGGGGAGACAUCUCUAACCAUACAGACACUACAGACUGUAGGGGAGCCAUCUCUAACCAUACAGACACUACAGACUGUAGGGGAGACAUCUCUAACCAUACAGACACUACAGACUGUAGGGGAGACAUCUCUAACCAUACAGACACUACAGACUGUAGGGGAGACAUCUCUAACCAUACAGACUGUAGAGGAGACAUCUCUAACCAUACAGACACUACAGACUGUAGGGGAGACAUCUCUAACCAUACAGACUGUAGAGGAGACAUCUCUGACCAUACAGACACUACAGACUGGAGGAGAGACAUCUCUAACCAUACAGACUGGAGAGGAGACAUCUCUAACCAUACAGACACUACAGACUGUAGGGGAGACAUCUCUAACCAUACAGACUGGAGGGGAGACAUCUCUAACCAUACAGACUGUAGAGGAGACAUCUCUAACCAUACAGACUGUAGAGGAGACAUCUCUAACCAUACAGACACUACAGACUGUAGGGGAGACAUCUCUAACCAUACAGACACUAUAGACUGGAGGGGAGACAUCUCUAACCAUACAGACACUACAGACUGGACGGGAGACAUCUCUAACCAUACAGACACUACAGACUGGAGGGGAGACAUCUCUAACCAUACAGACACUACAGACUGGAGGGGAGACAUCUCUAACCAUACAGACUGGAGGGGAGACAUCUCUAACCAUACAGACACUACAGACUGUAGGGGAGACAUCUCUAACCAUACAGACACUACAGACUGGAGGGGAGACAUCUCUAACCAUACAGACACUACAGACUGUAGGGGAGACAUCUCUAACCAUACAGACUGGAGAGGAGACAUCUCUAACCAUACAGACUGGAGGGGAGACAUCUCUAACCAUACAGACACUACAGACUGGAGGAGAGACAUCUCUAACCAUACAGACACUACAGACUGUAGGGGAGACAUCUCUAACCAUACAGACUGGAGAGGAGACAUCUCUAACCAUACAGACACUAUAGACUGGAUGAGAGACAUCUCUAACCAUACAGACACUACAGACUGUAGGGGAGACAUCUCUAACCAUACAGACUUGAGAGGAGACAUCUCUAACCAUACAGACACUACAGACUGUAGGGGAGCCAUCUCUAACCAUACAGACACUACAGACUGUAGGGGAGACAUCUCUAACCAUACAGACACUACAGACUGUAGGGGAGACAUCUCUAACCAUACAGACACUACAGACUGUAGGGGAGACAUCUCUAACCAUACAGACUGUAGAGGAGACAUCUCUAACCAUACAGACACUACAGACUGUAGGGGAGACAUCUCUAACCAUACAGACUGUAGAGGAGACAUCUCUGACCAUACAGACACUACAGACUGGAGGAGAGACAUCUCUAACCAUACAGACUGGAGAGGAGACAUCUCUAACCAUACAGACACUACAGACUGUAGGGGAGACAUCUCUAACCAUACAGACUGGAGGGGAGACAUCUCUAACCAUACAGACUGUAGAGGAGACAUCUCUAACCAUACAGACUGGAGAGGAGACAUCUCUAACCAUACAGACACUACAGACUGGAGGAGAGACAUCUCUAACCAUACAGACACUACAGACUGUAGGGGAGACAUCUCUGACCAUACAGACUGUAGAGGAGACAUCUCUAACCAUACAGACACUACAGACUGUAGGGGAGACAUCUCUAACCAUACAGACACUACAGACUGUAGGGGAGACAUCUCUAACCAUACAGACUGUAGAGGAGACAUCUCUAACCAUACAGACACUACAGACUGUAGGGGAGACAUCUCUAACCAUACAGACACUACAGACUGUAGGGGAGACAUCUCUAACCAUACAGACUGGAGGGGAGACAUCUCUAACCAUACAGACACUACAGACUGGAGGGGAGACAUCUCUAACCAUACAGACACUACAGACUGGAGGGGAGACAUCUCUAACCAUACAGACACUACAGACUGUAGGGGAGACAUCUCUAACCAUACAGACACUACAGACUGUAGGGAGGCUAAUUGUGCUGCAAACAGUCCAACAGGCCUCUCUGAACCCUUAUCUUCCUACCUGGAGACCAGAAGCCUGCUAUUGGACAGUGCGGAGAAGGAGAAGGGCCAGCAGCCCAUUCUCCACCAAUCCCCCAAGCCUUCCUGGGACAGAGACAGACAGGAGUGUAGCAACUCACCUGAGGCUUUAGGAUUAGAGGACAGUUUGUUUACUGAGGAGGACAGCUCAUACAGAUCCUACCUCCAGACCAGCUCUCACCCUGCCGUCCUGCAGCAGGAUCGUGGGGUGAGGAUCGUGAGGUACCCCUAUCCCGGCGUGAGUCUCAACCUGCUCUCCCUUACUAGCCUGGAAACAAUCCUAGAGGCUGAUCCGGACCACUCCCUGGACAACUCUGCUACAGUGGAAGAUGAGACGGGAGAUGAGGAGGAAGAUGAGGAGUGGAGAAAGAUUGUUAGGAUAAGGCCCACUGAGGAGGACAGAGGCACUGUUCUUCUGUCUGGUGACAUCAUCAUAUCCUAUGUGCCCACUUUCAGCCCGUUGUCGUGUCGCCCUGAGGACUUGUCCAGUAUCGAGUCUUCAGAGCACCAGCUGGUCUUGUCGACCUUUGACCCCGAUGACCCCAGGGUCAUGACCUUACCACACGAGAGAGACACCUCGGGCAGCGAGAGAUGCUCCAGUCCCACCCCCACCUCUGUGUCCUACGAUUUUGACACCACCAGCACUAACAGUGAGGAGAUGGAAGAGUCCAUCCUGCCUGUCUCGGGGGGGAACGCCAACCUCCACAAACCCAUGAAGAGCAAGUCUAAAGGAGGCCGGGCGGGGAGCUCCAAGUUCUCUGUCUUCGCCAAGAUGCCUUCCUUCAGGAAGAAGAACAGUCUGAAGAACACCAAGGUGGACAGCCCGCCCCGGGACUCACCCGACCUGGGCAGGGAGCUGGGGGGAGGACAUAGGGGACAGGGGGAAGACACCUCAGACGACGACAGUGUCUUUUUGACGGUCCAGCAGGCCUUCUCCUCCGGUCCGGUCGGUUGCUACAAGACAGAGGAGGAGGACUACAGCUUCUUCCCCUCCAAGCCUCGCACCAACCACGUCCACCUGCUCUUCAGGGAGGGGUCCAGCAGCCCAGACACCCCUCUGACCUCCCAGCCCAGAGGUCUCAGGCACAACCAGACUGGGGCCCCCGAGGGCCUUCACGGCUACAAGAGGAGCAAGAGCUCAGACAGCCCCAACCUUCGCAUGCGCUUCGCCCAGGCCCAAAAGUCCCUGUCCAGUCUGUUUGAGUCUCGCUCCAUGGAUAAGGAGAACGAGGAGGAGCAGGGGAGCGUUGAGACAGGGAGAGAAGGGAAGGUGGGGCGAGCCAAACAGUCCUGGAGGCUGAGGGCCAAAGAGGCUGAGCUGCUGAGGAGGACCCUGUCUGUCCCAGUCGGGGAUGGGGUCGAGGGAGAGGACGGUGGGGUUUUGAGGACGCCCAGACAGAUCCACAGUGACUACGCAUCCUGCUCCGCCUCAGGCUCAGUGCUCAGUGUCCCUGGGUCCCCCUCCUCUCUCAGGGCUCUGAAUCUCACCGACCCCCUCACCAAGAGGGGUCUGCAGGACAGUCAAAGCAGGGCCGGGGCCGACACGCCACAGGGCUGCAAGUUGGAUGGUGAAAGGAGGAAAGGGAAAGUCACGCCCAACGACCUGUCAAUCAACUUCUCAGACUCAGGACCGCCUUACUCGCAAGACUCUGAGGCUCCGCCCGCAAAUGAAUCCAGCCCCCUGGCGCACAUGAGCCCCGCCUCCCUGGCUGCAUUAGCCAAUCAGCUGUCCUGGUCCCCAGGGGGAGGCUAUGAGAGCACAGCGUGUAGCAUGGUAGCUACACCAGACACCCCAGUGAGACCCAUGAGCCCCAAGCCCCACAGCCCCAGAUCUGCUGCCCAGCACAGGGCUAUCUGCUACCCCCCCACUGCCUCUGCCCGGGCCUCAGCCCUGUCCCUGCUCCUCAUGGGCCAGUCAGCCAGUGUUGAGGGACUGUCUGACCCGCCAGAGAAGCCCAAGACCCUGAAGCCCCGAGCGGGGCCGUUAGACUCUUCCUCCCUCAGUCCAUUGGAGGACAGCGAAGUGGACAGUCUGCUUACACCUAUGUUCAAACGGUUUGAGACCAGUCAGGAUGGAUGUAGACCCAGCAGCCAGGCAGUGGGAGGAGGGAAGAGGCUAGCAGAGCUGAAGACUCCUGGGUCUGGACCGGACACUACUGCCUUAGCCCUCAGACCACCACUAGGCCACAGGCCGGACAGGGAUCCGAGACGCCACCGCUGCUGCUCAGAUGACCUGUGGAUCGAAGAGGAAACGAGACGGAAGCGGAAGCUGGCCCGAGUGAUGAGGGGAAGCCUGGGACAACUCAACACACACUGUCCUGAAGAGCUCGACAAAGUAGGACUCCUCCAUGCUUACCCGUGCAAAACAACUUACAGCCUAGGGAGAUGGAUUUUGUCUCUCUCCUCCUCUUCCUCCUCCUUCCUCCUCUUCAUCUACGUACUGUCUCGAGGAUGGUUCCCUCCUCCUCUUCCUUCUCCUCUUCAUCUACGUACUGUCUCGAGGAUGGUUCCCUUCUCCUCCUCCUCCUUCAUCUACGUAUUGUCAUGAGGAUGAUUCCCUCCUCCGCUCUUCUAUCCUUCGUCAGCUGUCUUCGACUGAGUUUUGACAUCUUUCCUUUGUUAACCCCCCCUUCCAUUUCAUCUUUUGUGGAUGUCUUUCUCGCUCCUCUUUCCGUACCAGUCUCUCUCUCAGCUCCUACUGUUAACAUGCAUGCACCUUCAGCUCAAUCUGUUCAGGAAAAAAACAUAUCUGUUGCGCUAUCACAUGUUAUAGUACACGUAUAUUCAGGAUUUAAACUAAGAAAAGGCAGGGUCUUAACAUUUAAAGUGAGCAUUAUACUAACUAUAGACUUCUAGGUAUGUAGGCCUUGUUGGAUCCCCAGCUUUGAUUUUGCCUCUUCCCCACAGUCGCAUGCUCCAGUGUC